UUCUCGCCGUUCUCUCUCUGGUCCUUUUUCUUUCCGUGCCCCGCCCGUUACGCACUGUUCUCGUCAGUCGCCAUCCGUCUCGAACUGUUAUAACCGCAGAGAUCGGACGGAAUCCGACUGUUCCGUCCCCGGAGAAAUCCCGUCGGCACCGAGUGUGGUCGUAGCUCCCAGCAGUCUUUCUCGAUCGACGCCCGCGAGCGGCGAGCUGUGGUGGCAGGCGAUGGAACGGAAUGGAUGGAGCUUGGGGGGGUUGAUUAUAUUGACGUGCUUGCUGGUUGCGGUUGGAGCGCGAGAACUUAGGGUGAAGCACCUUGACCUGGAUCAUAAAGCAGCUUAUAAUCACACCCUUGCCACUAUAUUGGUGCAGUAUGCUUCUGCUGUUUACAUAUCAGAUAUGACAGAACUCUUUAGUUGGACAUGUUCACGAUGUGAUGGUUUGACUGAGGGGUUUGAAAUUAUAGAGCUGAUUGUUGAUGUAGAGCAUUGCCUACAGGCGUAUGUUGGGGUAGCUAAGGAUCUCAAUUCUGUCGUAAUAGCCUUUAGAGGAACUCAGGAACAUAGCAUACAGAACUGGAUUCAAGAUCUGUACUGGAAACAGCUUGAUAUAAAUUACCCCGGCAUGCCUGAUGCUAUGGUGCAUCAUGGAUUUUAUUCUGCUUAUCACAACACAACUAUUCGGCCUUGUGUUUUAAAUGCUGUUAAAACAGCUCAGGAGAUGUAUGGUGACCUCAACAUCAUGGUGACAGGCCAUUCAAUGGGAGGAGCUAUGGCAGCCUUCUGCGGACUCGAUCUAAUGGUCAAUCAUGAAGCUAAGUCUGUACAAGUUAUGACAUUUGGACAACCUCGUAUCGGCAAUGCAGUGUUUGCAUCUUAUUAUAGUGAACUUUUACCAAACGCCAUUCGCGUUACAAAUGAUCAUGAUAUUGUCCCUCAUCUGCCACCAUAUUAUUCUUGUUUCCCACAAAAGACGUACCACCACUUCCCAAGAGAGGUGUGGCUGCAUAAUGUUGGGCUAGAAAGUUUGAUUUAUCCUGAUGAGAAAAUUUGUGAUGGUUCUGGAGAAGAUCCUUCAUGUAGCCGGUCGGUGGCUGGGAACAGCAUAGCAGACCAUUUAGUGUAUUAUGGUGUUAAGUUAGGUGGCGAGACGUGGGGCUCUUGCAAAAUCGUAAUGGACCAACGUUUAGCUCAAUUUGGGAUUCAGGAUCUCCAAGGGAAUUUUGUCUUGUCGACUUCUUCAACCCUCAAGCCAAGCUCUGAAACCGGGAAGAGUUCGAUUUAGGGUUUCAUUUGUUUACUUGUACCUCUCCUGCAAGGUCAGUGGGAAGGUCUCCUCUGGAGCUCUACUUCAAUGGAAGUGUAAAUUUUAUAAGCCUUAGGAAAAGUGCGAGACGAUUGCAUUGACUCGGGCUUUGACUUGGAAUGAGGAUGUACAUAUGACAUUGGAUUAUCGUUGUAAAUAUGGUAAAUAAUAAAUACUUCACUUAUUUGAAAUUUC